CUGAAAAUGCAACAACCUGCCAACAUUCAAUAAUUAUCUGCAUGAAUAUCUUCGGACAAAAAAUGCGAGCUGUGAUAGAAAGGAGGAAAGGAUAUAACCCGUUUGAAAAUUGAAGGCAGGUUCAAGACAAAAAUUUUGGAUGACAGAUACGCCACAACCAACCAUGGCGGAACUUUUGUCGGUCAGCAAGUUCGACUCUCCUCCACAUAAUGCAUCUCCUCAAUGGGCAGUUAGGACCUUGGUGCCACCAAGUGGUAAUUCUAAGGAUGAUGCAACUGUGCUGUGGACGUCAUCACCGAAAUCAAAUUCGUAUGAUAUGGGAAUGGCAGAAAGGGCUGCUGGAAUGACUAGUUCUCCUUUAAAAGAAAUUGAGCUCAGAAGACCUCCAAUCACAGUGCAGUGGAAGAAUAUUUCAUUGACAAGUAGCGGAGGUAAACCCAUUUUGAAAGGAGUGUCUGGUAUAGUAUGUACUGGUGAGCUGACUGCCAUCAUGGGUCCUUCCGGUGCCGGUAAAUCGACACUACUGAAUGUCUUAUCUGGAUUUACGCGACAGAAAGUGGCCGGAGAGAUCCUGGUGAACGGAGAGGACCGCGACAUGAGAAUAUUCAGGAAGCUUUCUUGCUACAUCAUGCAAGACGAUCAUCUGUUGCCACAUCUGACAGUCAGGGAGUCAAUAUAUUUAGCUGCUUGUCUCAAAAUUCCUUCUACAGUCUCCAAAGCUGAUAGAAAGAAGGCGGUAGAUGAAUGCAUGCAGUCUCUCGGAUUGAUGGAACGGCAGCACAACAAGGCCUCUCAACUUUCUGGUGGUCAAAGAAAGAGGCUAUGCAUCGCUCAAGAACUAGUCAGUAAUCCACCCUUGAUCUUCCUUGACGAACCUACCAGCGGUCUAGACAGUUCUUCUUGCUUACAGUGCAUCCAGCUUCUCAAAUCCUUGGCAGAUGAAGGAAGAACAGUCAUCUGCACCAUCCAUCAACCAAGUGCUAGAGUCUUCGAAAUCUUUGACAAAUUGUACAUGCUAGCAGAAGGUCAAUGUAUAUAUCGAGGAUCAACUAAAGACUUGAUUCCAUUUUUGGCUAAACAAGGUCUCGCAUGUCCGCAAUAUCACAAUCCUACUGAUUUCGCUACGGAAGUAGCAACUGGAGAACAUGGAGACUAUAUCAAGAAACUUAAAAAGGCCGUGGACGCAUUAGGUGACUUGGAUGAUUCUUUUAUGAUGGAAGAAACAUCUCUGGAAUCCAAAAUAGAACCCGGUUUGCAAGCAUCUACGCUUUGUCUCUUACAAGAUAAAGUUGAAAGGAAGACGUCAUUAUUUAAAAUGGCUUCUCUCGAAAGCAGUUACGGCGGGUAUUCAACAAGUAAUUGGAAUCAAUUUACGGUUCUUACUUAUAGGAGUCUUAUUUGCACGAUCAGAGAACCUAUGGCUACGCAGUUACGGUUGUUCGCCCAUGUGAUAGUGGGUUUGCUUCUCGGCAUGUUGUAUUUCGGAAUUGGCAACGAUGCAAGCAAGAUUUUUAAUAAUUCAGGUUUCCUCUUCUUCUCACUCUUGUUUUUGAUUUUCACUGCCAUGAUGCCUACUGUUUUGACAUUUCCAAUGGAGAAAACAAUUUUCGCUCGAGAACACCUAAAUAGUUGGUACAACACAAAGAUGUACUACCUGGCCAAGACUGUAGCAGAAAUUCCAUUUCAAAUACUUUUUCCGGUCAUUUAUGGUAGCAUCGUAUACUGGAUGACUGCGCAGCCAAAUGAUCUUAUAAGAUUUGGAUUAUUUUUGUUGUCAUCUAUCAUGAUCUCGCUCGUGGCUCAGUCGGUGGGGCUCAUUAUCGGAGCUGCAACUAGUGUUCAAAAUGCUGUAUUUUUGGCUCCCGUUGUGUCCAUUCCAAUUUUGCUGUUCAGCGGUUUCUUCAUUAGCCUGGACACCAUUCCAAAAUAUUUACAAUGGCUUUCAUACAUAUCUUACAUUCGAUACAGCUACCAGAGCGUUCUUCUUGGAAUCUACUCUAUGGAUAGACCAGAACUACACUGUGAUAAACUUUUCUGUCCAUUUCAAGAGCCUCAAGAUUUUCUGAAAGAAAUGGACAUGGUUGGUGGAAAUCUGUAUGUGGAUUAUGCUGCUCUCUGGGGUUUUUUCGCAGUCUUUCGUUUUAUAGCAUAUCACGUUCUGUGGUACAAGGUUGUAUAUAAUCGAUAAGAACUUGAAUGUAUAGAUUUGAUUUUAUGAAAAUUUUCUGUCUGAAAGACAGUUUUAAACUUUUAAUUGCUUUUAAUACUUGCUCUAGAUAUUUAUUGAAUAAAGUGUGGCAGCUAUAUGAAA